CGUUUUCAUUUGCGGAAGAGAAUCGAGACGAACGAACGCAGACAGUUGAAGGAAGAUGAGGAAGUUCGAUCCAUGGCCGGUGUUUUUCAGGCGAGAGUGGAAGAGGAACUGGCCGUUCCUUGUUGGUUUCGCCGUAACUGGGGCCCUUAUUACCAAGAUGACCGCUGGACUUUCUGAGGAAGAGGUGAAGCAGUCUCCUUUCUACAAGAGGCACAAUCGGUGAUAUCUUAAAGGGGAAUUGGUGCUACUUCGAAAUGAGAUGUUUUAUUUGUUCUAAAUAACAGAUGCUGCGGUUAGUUUACAAGCCAUAUUUGAAGCAAGCUUUAUCGGUACUUCUCAGUAUGUAUCAAACUUGAAAGAUUUUGUGAUGUUUACUUUUUAUUUGUAGUUGAAUUCCUUCUCGUAGCAUCAUUGGAUUGAAAAAUUUGAACAUCUGGUUUACCUGCUGCUUUAAUUCAAAAUGGUUGAACUUGUUCACACCUUUUCUGAUUA